UCCUUCACGGCUCCUACUCGUGCCAUUUAUCGAACGAAUACCCAGGGAAUAAUGUGGACUAUUUGUUUGUUAAAAGAGCGCCACACAGAGAAUUCAUGUGAUGGGAGUUUUGGAUUCAUGCCCUGGAAGAUCGACACCUGUCAAUCCCCCAUCCCCGGCUCCAUUUUGCCGGUUUAACACCUCGUCGAAUUCAAACACCUUCAUAACGGCUGUAAGUGUUCCAUGUCCAUUAUAGCCGCUCUUCCUUUCAGAGUUCUGUACAAUGGAGGAAGCUCAGGCCAAGUUCUUGAAGACUGUCGAUUUCGCUAAAGAUUUCUUCCUAAAUAAAGCUUUUACGAUUUGCGACCUUGCAAAGAAGCUUCCUGCCAUUUGGUAAGUGUAAAUUGUUUUUUAAUUAACACACUAACCGUUGCUGUUAAUUUUACCAAGAAACUGGAAUGAUGGGAAUAUGUCGCUACCUUCCCAGCUAAUGCUGCUUUGCUUGCCGCUUUUCUUUGUAGCAUAAUUUGUCACAUUUAGGCUACUGCAUGGGGGUAAAUCACACCUCCGGACACGACAGCAGUUUUAAGAAAACACUGAUCAGCAAUAAACUGAGCAGCAACAAUUGGUGCAAGAACAACAAGCUGGAUUUAUUAAAAUAUACACCAAAUGCUUCUGAUCUUCGGGUCGAGCUUGGAGGCGCAGAGUACAAGACCAUGAAACCACCCACCCUCUUAAUCCGUUCCAGUGACAUUUAACCCGACACUUAGCGCGGCAGUAAAGAAAAACCUGAAUCAUCACUUAAAUAACACAAAGCAGUAAGUGAUUAUUCCCAACUCCUUCAGUUAAAAUGCUACUACACCGCUUGCUAAAAUGCUCACGUGUGGAUUUUUGUCGCUUUCUCCCCACCUACGUCGUCCGUUAUUCUUUUUGUGCAGCGAUUACUUCUUCGCUGGAAGCCCUGAGCUCCCCUAAGUUCUAUUUUCGACGUGUUUACUGCUGUGAUGCAUGAAGCCAUAAAUCUUACGUUUGGCUACGGACGACACAAAGGCUUUCGUAUGCAGAGGAGUCCCAGUUCACAGCCCCUCUGUCUCUCGCCUUCUUCUGAUUUUCCUUUUGGAGGUGCAACUUUUCCAUUUUUUGCCACUUUGCACUCAACGGGGGGGUCUUGCAUACCAGCCGUUUGGUAGCCAUUCUUCAUCAGAAAUGUUUCAUAAAUUUGGUUUGCUCCUUCCCCACUGUUAUAGAGAAGAACUGGAAUAAAACUAAAUAAAUUCAAGAAGUAAAGGCGCAUUUUACUCGUUUUAACUGAGAAUGUAUUUUAGCAUAAACUAAAUAAAAUCAGAAAAUAAUUAAAGCUAACAAAUUUUGCGUUAUUAAUGAAAUCUAACAGACAAUGGAUUGCGCAGACUUUGUCUUCGAGUAUAUUAAGACUUACAAAAAAUCUCGUUCAAAGAUUUAAAAAUCCUUUCAAUUUAAAAAAAAUGCGUUAAAUCGCCUAGAUACAUUUGGAAGAGUGGUGCUAUUGAAAAUCCUUUUAAAUUAGCCACUAUUAGAUGGAAUUGGUGGAAAACAUUCGGCCUUGUGUGGAUUUAAGGCACCACUUCAUUUGCAUAAUUUUUCUUGUCUAUGGUGACGCUGUGUUUCGGGGGAGUUCACUGGCUUCUGCAUAGUACUUCUGCAAUGAGACACACUUCAGUACAGCCCUUGCUACAUUUAAUAUCGGUAUGAAACAUGGGCAUUUCUUCAGCAUGCGAUAACUGCAGCCGUCGGAGCUGAUAGUGCUUAUCUCCUUGACCAAGAUUCGCUCGUCUUCCUAAUCUCGAUUUACCGAUCCACACUAAGAAAGGGAUUUCGUUUUUACCGGCGUAGACAUUCGGGUCUUCCUCUUUUUGUUGAUGACUCCGGCAAGUGCACGCGCUGCCUCGUUAAACUUCCCCUGGACUACCUUUCAAUCGAUUUUGUCACUGAAUGAGAAAAUACUGUGUUGUGCUCUGCAUUUGUCGUCAGAGGAUAAGGUAAGCAGGCCAGAAAUAGGCUAUCGGUUGUAAAUGGCGGAGUUUAUGUCCUGGUGAUUUAUGACCGUAUGACUUAAAUCUAGGUUCAAGAAGAGUUCACAAGCUUGCUCUUCCUCUCGUGCAGGACCUGAUAUGCGAAUGUUCAAACUACUCCUCUACAAACGCUUUUUUUUGUAAGCUUUUGAGUAUUUUUUCUGCCUGUAGUUUGAACGCUAGAAAAUUGAUUGCGGCUAUUUAUAGUCGCUACAUUUUUAAGUGUUUCCCUUUAACACAUUUCAAAAUCCGUUGUUUAGCUUGUUGUGCAAUUGAUUUUAACAUUUCGUUAGUUGUUAAAAAUAGAUCUCUCAUUUAUAAGUUUUUAAAUUGUUGUUUUAGUUGUUUUUUCCCUUUUAUUGUUAUUUUGUUACUUUACUUGAUAGUUAACAUAGAUAUUUAGUACAAUCGUCUUUGUUUGGGUUCAAGUUUUGUUUAAUGUAUUUAACUUAACUAUUGUUUUUCUUUUUUUUUCCCUGAACGCUGAUCCUUUUUUUUAUUCCCGCAAUACUGGUUUGACUGCGAGAAAACUCGUGUAGGGACAUGUAAAACACCCCCAAACCAUUCCAAGGUUUCCGCUAACAGAAAUUUUGUCUCAGUUUUAUGCAAUUUUAUGGCGUGGGGUAGAUUACUAAAUUAAUCAACUCAGCUACAUGUUCUGAAGCAUUUCUGACUUGCAUGUUAUCUAUGUUAAAUAAAGGAGUUACUGGGCUUCAUAUCAUCUCGCCUAGCUUUUACAGUUUAACAUUCAAUGCACUCUGCAAGGGCACAGCUAACGGGCGCUUCGGAACAUUGUUCGGUCAUAAGUAGGCAAUUAAUUGCUUAGGUGUUUCAUUACUACCUCAUUAAAAGAAUUUAUUUCAUUACAACAUCGUCAAAUUAGUUCAACUUUAUAUGCAGAGAGGCAAGUUAAGUAUUAAACACUCGUGGAAAAUGUAUAGAUAUUACACGCCCUAAAUAUAUUUUAAUAGUAUAUUUUUAUAAAUUGCAAUUGUAGACUGCCUUUAUAUAUAGUAAUGUUUUACGACUUUUGCUAAUUUUUACUUACAAAAAACUUACGCAUGGUUAUCAAAUUGAAGCUAUUGUUGCAGCAGUACUGAAAUUAAUUUGUAUACGGUUUUUAUUCCUUGUGGCUACGUUGCAUACGGCUAUGCGCCUUGGUUUGUUUAGCGAGCUACUGGCAUUCCCGAAGAAGGCUCGCUAUCACAGAAUACAUCCAUGGCCGCCGUCUGCGGUGUCUUGUCUCGGCCCACUGACCCCCAUACAUCAACCUAAGACGGCCUCGCGGACAGCAACCCAUUAUUGUGGGGUUGGAAGAAAAGUUCAAGACGUGGUCAUGGAGAUGAGCGCUCGGGUUUUCAGGUUCCUUAAGGUCUUCAAUUCAUCUUUGUUUUACACAUUCGAAGGUAGAGAGUGCAUUUGUUGAGUUUUUCCUUUUUGGAGUGACCGCAUACGGACCUGUGGAGGUUACAGCUAGAGAUUUCUUUAGAAGAUUUUAGAGUUCUACGUAAUCUGUGCAUUUGUUGCCCCAACAAAAACUCAAAGGCUAAUACUACUUCUUCUACUACAAUACUACUACGACUACUACUACGAAUAAUAAUAAUAAACAAGAAGCUUAAGUUCUGAAGUGCAAUGAGCUAUGAAAGAUAAGCCAGGUAAAAGAGCGCUUACUAUUUUAAAGGAAGGCAGUCAUCCUCACUUUACAAUGAUUACACGAAAAUAUUUAUUAUUAUAUUUAUAUAAUGAAAUGCGCGUGUCAUAUCGUUAAGUUGUAUUGUUAUUGGAAUAGCUAAGAAUUUUCAAACGUUACUUAAUAACCGCAUGAACACGCGAUGUGUUGAGAGCCCACGCUGGCCCCUGUGCUGUAAGUGUACCUUUAGGCUAAACUGUGAUUGCUUCAGAAAUGUCCUACAUAUUUCUCUCUAUAGUCUUUCGUGUCAGCCGGGUAUUGAAAAGUAAGAUGGAUCGACACCAUUUCUCCAUCUCACCGUGCUUCUUGUAACCCUAGGUCUACCCGAGGAGGCCAUUGGCGGAACGGCGUCACGUGACACCGGGUGCCAAUGUUAGUCUACAAGGGUGUCAAGACCCUGUCAGUUUCUGAAAUAAAUAUUGGGAAACGGCGAAAUGCAAAAGGCGACCUACUACGACAGCUCUGCAAUAUACAGUGGCUACCCAUAUCAAGGAGCAAAUGGUUUCAGUUAUAAUGCCAAUCAGCAGCAAUAUCCCCCAUCCUCUCAUGUGGAAAGUGACUACCAUCGACCUGCCUGCUCAAUGCUGUCCCCCAGCGGCGCUGUCCCUCUGCAGAAGUCCAGUGAACUCGCAGAGAGCUGUGUGCGGAGUAAUACAGCCCAGACCGGUCAGCCGCCUGUCAUCCCUGACAACAGUCAACAGCAGGCCCCCAUCACGGCGCCGCCGCCACCGUCUCCAGUUUCUCCGACCGAAAACUCCAGCAACAGCUCCAGUCUCCCCACCACCAAGAAUGCCACACAUGGAUCACCCACCGCUGCAUCCCGGAAGCAGAUUUUCCCAUGGAUGAAGGAGUCACGCCAGAACGCUAAACAAAAAAACAAUAGUUCCAGUUCAGCUGAGCUCUGUGCAGGAGACAAGAGUCCGCCUGGGUCUGCUGCCUCCAAAAGAGCUCGGACAGCUUACACCAGCGCGCAGCUUGUGGAACUAGAGAAGGAGUUUCAUUUUAACCGAUACCUUUGCCGGCCACGAAGGGUCGAAAUGGCGAAUUUGCUGAACCUUACAGAGAGACAGAUAAAAAUCUGGUUUCAGAACCGCAGGAUGAAGUAUAAAAAAGAUCAAAAAGGGGUGGGAAUGAUGCAUUCCCCCGGAGCUCAGUCCCCGAGGAGCCCGGUCGCCCCGUCGGCAGGAGGAGGAGGAGGAUACCUCAAUUCAAUGCAUUCUCUUGUCAACAGUGUUCCGUAUGAAUCCCAGUCGCCCACGUCUUACAAUAAGGCUAAUCAAAAUGCGUAUGGUAUACCGACGUCAUAUCCGGCACCCCUGAACAGCACUCUAAACAAUUGCCUGCCCUCCCAGAAAAGAUAUGUGGGUACUGGGGCAGCCACCCCCGACUAUGACACGCAUGGUAACUAUGGAACUCAUCUGCAAGGAAGCCCCAUAUAUGUGGGUGGAGGCUACACAGAACCGGUGGCGAACUCUGGGCCCUCCGUUUUUGGGCUGACGCAUCUCUCUCAUCCGUCAUCGACCAACAUGGACUACAAUGGCGCUGUCGCUAUGGGCAACAGUCACCACCACGGGCCGUGCGACACGCACCCCACAUACGCAGACCUUACUCCACAUUACUCUCAGGGAAGAAUUCAGGAAGCGCCCAAACUGACGCAUCUGUAACGACGUCGUCAGCGGUGGUGUGAUAUUCUCUAACUCCGUCCAAUCUCUUACCUCCUCACCCAUAGCUUUCUUUCCAUUCAGCAGCUUCUAUGCCUUGUUUUUUUUAUUGUUUAUGUGUGAUGUGUAGCUUAGUCAAGUAGUCAUUCUUGUUGCUUGGAUUUCUCUAUACAUUUGCUAUAGUGUUAUUGUUCCAUUACCGUAUACCUAGGAGAUCCAGUCCGGAUGCACAGAUAUGCAUAUUUAGUCGUAAACGUUAUUAUUAUUUUUUUAAUCAAACAGGGUAUCUGAACAAAUUUUAUCAUAUUCUUUAAUGUGAAUUUGUUCAUUAGUUAUUUAUCCCAGGUGAAGAAUUUUGUUUGCAUUUUGUUGCACUCCUGGAGGUUCCGAGAAUCACGCGCUGGUUAGAAAGGUCUGCGGCACGAGCUUCCGACCGCCACUGUUUGUAUUCUGAUGGACUUUCAAAAUUAUUUAUUUGUUUUAACAGAACAUAAGUUUCUAAAGUAUUAUUUAUCUCCACCAGCCAAUAUGUAGGCUAUUUCCACAAGGAG